CCCGGAAGUCGAGUGCUACAUUCUUGAGCGAAGCUUGAAGGGUAUGCGCGAGCAGCGGGAAGUUUACUGCUCUUAAAUGACCAUUUUUUUAGCGUUUAAAUUGUACUGUAUCCACAUUUGAUCUGGAAUAUUUGAAACGGCACAUACUCCGUAAAACGACGGAAGUAUAAGCAAGUUGGGAGAACGAAGAACACGUUAAACAUGCCAGAGUACGAGUUGACUCAUGCCCUGCCGACAGUCUCCCUGCCACUUUGACUAAAACACAAAUGUCAUAAUUCAGAAACCUGAGAUGUGUCUUUAUUUCGCCUACCAUCGCUUUAAUGUUAUGUUUCAUUUGCCUUAGUGUCAGCUGUCAGAUAACUAUCAUGCAAAGCAUGUGAAAACAUAUUCAAAUAUCCACAAGACCCAUCCUUCAUGUUUUAAAUGCCCUGUCUCUAGUGCCGUCCCCUUCUUUCUUCCUGAGUCCCCUGUCCCACUGCACCUCAGGUCUAUGGCCAUGCUUUGCAAGAGAAGUUCUCUCAUCAUUUGCGGUGCUUUUAUAUUUGUAGCUUGGAAUGUCAUCCUCAUAUUUGUCCUUUCGGGGCGCCCUUUUAGUCAACUCGGCAGCCAGGCGGAACCUGGCAGAACAGAUGACCGAGAAGGAGGCCAGGUUGAAAGUAUUAUCAAUGAGGUGAUGCGUGUAGCCGAUGCGUUUGAAGCAGAACUGAAAUCGCAGAAGAAAAUCCUAUUGCAAAUCAAGAGCCAUAGGUCACUUUGGGAAGACGGCAAAGACGGCGAAAUAGAUGUUCAGCAGAAGUCAGAUGCAGAACCUUCACCUCCAGUGGUCAUCCCUAUUUUAGUCAUUGCUUGUAAUCGUGUGACAGUGAAACGCUGCCUUGACAAACUCAUCGAGCACCGCCCAUCCGCCGAGCUCCAUCCAAUCAUAGUGAGCCAGGACUGCGGGCAUGAGGAAACAGCCAACGUGAUCGCCUCCUAUGGCAGUAAGCUGACCCAUAUUAAACAAUCUGAUCUUUCAGAUAUCGCUAUACCUCCACAGCACAAGAAGUUCCAGGGCUACUACAAGAUCUCACGACAUUACCGUUGGGCACUGAACCAAGUUUUCAACACGUUCUCGUACACGUCUGUUGUUGUUGUGGAGGAUGAUUUAGAGGUGGCUCCUGAUUUCUUUGAGUACUUCAGAGCACUUCAUCCACUUUUAAAAUCAGACCCAACUUUAUGGUGUGUAUCUGCCUGGAAUGACAACGGCAGGGAUGGGUAUGUUGAUCCUGGAAAAGCAAGCAUGUUGUACAGGACGGAUUUUUUCCCAGGCCUGGGUUGGAUGCUCACAAAGGACCUCUGGACAGAGCUCGAGCCAAAAUGGCCUGCCUCAUUUUGGGAUGACUGGAUGCGCCACCCCGAUCAACGCAAAGACAGGUCCUGCAUCAGACCAGAGAUUUCCAGAACUUUAACGUUCGGUCGUAAGGGCGUGAGUUUAGGUCAGUUUUACGACAAGUAUCUGCGCUUUAUUAAGCUGAAUGCCGAAUUUGUGCCUUUCACAUCAUUGGACCUGUCUUAUUUGGAUAAGAAGACAUAUGACGAGAGCUUCGAAAAAGAAGUUUAUGGUGCUCAAAUUGUGACUAUGGAGGAGUUGCAGGCUAGCAAACUGUCUGGACCUGGCCUAUUUAGAGUGCAGUAUUCCAGUCCUGGCAGUUUUAAAACAUUGGCUCGUAACCUUGGUGUGAUGGAGGACCUCAAGUCAGGAGUCCCACGGGCAGGGUACAGAGGUGUAGUUAGUUUCUUCUCACGCGGAAGGAGGAUUUACUUAGCACCACCUGCUGGUUGGAGUCAGUAUGAUCCAAGCUGGAGUUGAGGUGGGGCUGUGACACUUUAAAAGAAAUCGUUUUUUUAAUGGUGCAAAGCACAUAAAAACUGAUUUUGAUGGACUCACUUAUAUGUUACAGACUGUAUUUAAGAUUUGUUACUAUCAUUCCCCUCACAGCUGUGACAUCACAGCUGUAAAUGUCUUAAAAAUGUACUUGUGCGGCGCUAUGACGAAAAUAAAUACAUUAAAGAGGUGUUUCAAGGUGAAUAUGAUACGAUACCAAAGAUAAUAGAUUUAUCACUCAGACUUUGUGCCUCAGGUUUCAUUAUUUUUUUUAUAUAAGUUCAAAUUUACAUCGGAACUGACAUCUUGAAAUGAAAAUAUAAUAUAACGUAUAACUGUGAAUACUGCUCCAAGUGCCUUUAAAUAAGAUUUUUGGAA